AUGUCGCAAAAACGAUCCGUCAGUCCUUCCGCAGAGGCACAUCAAGAUAAACGUUCGUGUAUCAGCCUCACGUCUCACAAUGUCACCAUCUCUAGCUCCGCGAAUGACACUUUGGGCAAAAUCAAAUCCGCGGACGACACACUGGCCAAAAUCAAGACCAAGACCAAAAUUAUUCCAGCACCUCGGACCAACCAAUUCGUGGCCAUCAAUGCUCGAUUACCAAAAUGUGCGGCACGAAACCGUUUCAAUAGAUUUGGGGCCGCAGAAGAAGAGGUCACUGAUAAUAGGAUGCGAUCAAACAAUACAGAAAAGCAGUUGAUCAAAUCAGCACCAGUCACCAACAAAUCUGUUGCCAUCAAUUCUCGAUUGCCAGUACCACCAGCACGAGACCGUUUCAGCAUUUUUGGGGCCGCAGAAACAAAAGCCACUGCUCUUUGGAUGCGAUCAAACAAGGUAGUCGGAGCACGCGGCAAACACGUAGCUGCUUUCCAAGAUCUUUUAUACUCUCUUGGUUGCCAGAACCCGAGUUUUGACAAAGAGACGUUGUUAAAGUUUCACAGACGACUCGAACGGAACCUUACGAGGAUCAAGAAAGUUCUGAAGGAAUGCGGGGCAAUUUCAUUCCAUACAGAUGAUAAUUUGGAAACAAAGCCGAACUUUGCGGAUUGGACAGUUGUUUGGUUAGAAGAGAACUGGCAUGGUGUAUAUGAUACGAGAAAAUACUACACCGAUCAUUAUCUUGAAAAGUACUCACCAGCUCUUGAAGGACAGGAUAGGCCCGAGGUUGUUGUGGUAGAGCUACCAGUCGAUGAGCCUUUUGAAGAAGAAGUGGAGAUUUUGGUCGUGGAGGAUCCUACUGAAUUCAGGAUAACUAAUGCCACAGAAACUGGCGCCGGUACUAUCAGAGAACCAGAGUAUGAUAGCAAUCCUUACAGAAUGGCCGAUUGGAAAUGA